AUGCUUCGGCUGCGUGCGCCGAUCAUGGCUCAGCCACGUCACAUUCACGAUCUUGCUGACGAGCUACUGAGUGAGAUCUUGUCCUUCCUUCUUGAACCCGCACCCCGAACCCUAAAUGGCGGAUUCAAUGGAAAUGGACAUACUUCUAGGCCUGGCGACCACAAACAUGGCGAAGUGUCCGAUCUUGAUCACUUUCGACUCGUUUGCAAGCGUUUCAUGCGAAUCGGCACCCCUUACAAGUUCAAUCGAUUUACUCUGCGGUUUUCUGAUCACGGCUUCCGACGAUUAGAUGAACUGGUAGAUAUGCAGCUGGCUUACUAUGUGAAAACCAUCACAUACAUGGUGCGACCAUUUUAUCAAGGAAGCGGAUGGACCCGGACACUGCGAACUUUGGGGUCAGAGAACCCCGAACUAUCCCAACUACAUAGCCGCCGACUGCGUGAACAAACCAGUCUAACUGAAACGAAUAAUGACCGAAGCCGCCUACGCCGUGCAAUUACAUCGUUUUCGUCUCUACAGGAAAUAAAGCUCCUAAGACUCCAAGACGAAGCAGACGAGCACCUCAUCGACUUUAUACGCGACCACUCAUUGGGAACGGGAACUGGCACCGCAACAGGCAUCCACUUCGACUGGGAGACCGCCUGCUCGCGCGCUGUAACAAACCUCAGCAUCGCUCUGCUCAACUCAAAAUGUAGCUCCAUUCGCUUCACAGGGCCCCAGAUCAGCCCCGAAGCAACCCUCCAGCUCCUACGCGCCCCAUCAACAACCCUCGCCGCUAUGGGCGGGCGCCUCACAAGCCUCGACAUAAACUUCCACUCGACGACCGACAUCACCACAACCAUGGCCGACCUCUCAGAUGUCUUCCAUCGCUUCUUCGUCGCAGCUAAAAACCUCAUCGCCAUCCACAUCGGCUUCCUAAGCAAAACACCCCUGGACCUCGACCUCGAGCUACUCUUCCACCACAUCCGUUGGAAAACGCUCCGCAAACUCAGCAUCCAGGGAUGGCGUCUGAGUGCAGACGAAAUCAUCGCACUAGCGCGCCGUCAUAGUCCCCAUCUACGCGAUUUCCGCCUGCUCAGCGUCUAUCUUCGGCCCGGAGGCUCGUGGUGCGAAGUCCUCGCUGUCUUGCGUGAGGAAAUGGAGCAGCUGGAACGGCUAGUUCUGAAAGACAUCGACUACGCUGCACACUUUGAUUCCCUUGCUGUUUCAAAUGGCGUCGAGGUGUUUGAUGAUUAUCCUACCGGCCCUGUGCCGUCCUCAUCCUCUCUUACUGUUGCAGCUGGUACCUCCUCUGGUGUUCAGUCACCAACUACCGCCCCGCCCUCACCUGAUGGUCUCCCUGGUUUUAUAAGGGGGAGAUGCUUGCCGGUAAGGCGAACUUCGCUUGAGAAACUACGUACUUUGUCUAGUGGGGACUUGGGGGAUGACGGCGUGCAUGUCCUGCAUGAACACAUGCCUCUUUGGGAGGAGUGGGUUCUUUCUGCCCCGCAUCAUGUUAAAAGGAAUGGGCGGUCACAUUGGAGUAUGUAA